AUGAAGUUAUUCAUGAUCUCAGUUUUGUCGGUUUUAUCGUCUUCUGCGAUUGCCUCUCACCCUCAUCAUCUUCCUCAUGGUCGCCACGGUGAGGUUCUUCACUCUCUUCAUGGAAAGAGCCAAGAAACUGCUUUGACCACUUCUAUGACUUCGGCAGCAACUGUGCUACCUUCCUCAUCUACACAAAGCAUCGUCACUCCAGCUUCUUCUACUCCAAGAUCAGUAGCGUCUACUUCAGUACCCUUGACCUCCGGCACCCCAACUACUUCCGGCACCGCAACUACUACUGGAGCUUCAUCGACAUGGGUGCACCCAGGAGUCUUUCUGAGUUCUUCUCAAAUGAGCUACUUCUCCUCCAAAGUAUCCAUCAGUGAGCAACCCUGGGCCACUGCAUGGAUUGCAAUGACGGAACACGAAUUUGCUACCCGCACAACCCCCACCCCCUAUGCAACAGUGGAGUGCGGCCCGUAUUCAACUCCGGAUGUUGGCUGCACCAAUGAGGUCGAGGAUGCCCUUACUGCGUAUCUGAAUGCAUUGGCCUGGGUAGUAACUGGUUUGCAAACUCAUGCUGACCUUGCAAUUACUUUCAUGAACGGGUGGUCUAGUACCGUGAAGGGCCAUACAGGCUCCAAUGGGCCCCUACAGGCAGGCUGGGCAGCUUCAAGCUGGAGCCGUGCGGCCGAAAUCAUUCGUUACACUGACGCUGGCUGGAGCGAUACGGACAUUACCAUGUUCGAGGACAUGCUUAGGGAUGUGUACCUCCCUGCAGUCAUCCCUGGAUCGGAUUAUAUGGGCAAUUGGGAAUUAGUCAUGAUGGAGGCCGCUUUGGGAAUUUCCGUGUUUAUUGAGAACCGGACGAGCUACGACAUUGCAAUGGAUAAGUUUUUGACACGGGCAGCAGCAUACAUCUAUUUGACGAGUGAUGGCGACCUCCCAAAUGCUAUUGAUGAAUCGACAGAGGAAGAUCUUAUUGAGUACUGGUUCAACCAGACUACCUUUGUUGAUGGCAUUGGCCAGGAAACCUGUCGAGACUUUGGCCACAUGGGCUAUGGUAUUGCUUCAAUCUCGCACGUUCUAGAGACAUCCCGCAUUCAAGGUCGGGAUUUGUAUACUGAAGAAGUUGGAUCUCGUCUCCAAUAUGCACUGGACUUCCAUACGACAUAUGAAAAUGGAGCCGCGGUUCCAGAUUGGCUAUGUGAUGGCAGUGUGACACUUGGAAUUGCCCAAGGGACGAAAGUGACCGAGCCUGGUCUCAAUGGGCUCUCAUAUCGCCUAGGUUAUGCCAUGAACCAAACCGAAGUUUAUACCGUGAACGAUCGCCCCGAAGACACUAACAUUGUUUUCGUUGGAUGGGAAACGCUUACACAUGCCAUGAACCCUGCUUAG